UCCACACAACCUGCGGUGCGACGCGGACGCUGCGGUGCUGUGCGGAUACCCCGGGUCCUCUUCCAGCUACUCCAGGCUCCCUGCCUUGUCCCACAUAUCAGUGAACUGUUUUGCACAGCUUGAAUAGAGGGGAGAGAACCUGAGGCGUUGAAUAAGAGGGAGAGGGCGGAAAGGAGAAGGAGAGAGAGAAGAGAGAGAAGAGAGAGAGAGAGAGAGAGGGGAGAGAAGAGGAAAGAGGUCGUCGCUGUCCCUCCCUUCUCCUGGCUGAAUUUCCACCGAGAAGAUGCUGAGAAUAGCCGGCGUCUUGGCUGUAGUGGCUCUGGGGCUGAGCGCCACUCACACCGGCAAAGUGAAUAAACACAAGCCGUGGAUUGAGACAUCGUACCAUGGGGUGAUCACUGAAAACACUGACAUCGUCCUGUUGGACCCUCCGCUGGUGGCUCUGGACAAAGAUGCCCCCAUCCCCUACGCAGGGGAGAUCUGUGCAUUCAACAUCCACGGGCUGGAGGCUCCGUUCGAGGCAGUGGUGCUGAACGGGACGUCUGGUGAGGGCCAGCUGAGGGCCCGCGGCCUGGUGGACUGCGAGCUGCAGAAGGAGUACACCUUCAUCAUCCAGGCCCACGACUGCGGCUCCGGCCCCGGGGGCACGGAGGGCAAGAAGUCCCACAAGGCGGUGGUGCACAUCCAGGUCAAUGAUGUAAAUGAGUUUGCUCCAGUGUUUCGGGAGCCCCAGUACCGUGCAGCAGUGACUGAGGGGAAGAUCUAUGACAGCAUCCUGCAAGUGGAGGCCACUGACCAGGACUGUUCACCACAGUACAGCCAGAUCUGUAACUACCAGAUCACCACCACCAACACUCCAUUUGCUAUAGAUCGCAACGGUAACAUCCGCAACACGGAGAAGCUGAGCUAUGACCGGCAGCAGCAGUAUGAGAUCCAGGUGACGGCCUGGGACUGCGGCCAGAAGAGAGCCUUACACAGCGUUCCUGUUCGCAUUGACAUCAAGCCUGUCUGCAAACCCGGUUGGCAAGGUUGGAACAAACGAGUGGACUAUGAACCGGGAACAGGCAGCAAGCAGUUGUUUCCCAAGAUGCACCUGGAGACAUGUGGUGGGCCGCUGUCGUCUGUGAGGACCACAGUGGAGCUGCAGACCAGCCACAUCGGGAAGGGCUGCGACCGCGAGACCUAUUCUGAGAAAUCCCUGCAGAAACUCUGCGGGGCCUCCUCAGGCAGCACUGACCUUCUCCCCGCCCCCAGCGCUGCCACCAACUGGACAGCAUCCCUGGUGACGGACAGCGGGCGUGACAGUGACUUGAUCUUCCGGUUUGACGGUCGCCAAGCGGCCAAAAUCCCGGACCGAGUUGUACCCCAGAAUCUGACUGACCAGUUCACCAUAGCAACCUGGAUGAAGCACGGGCCCAGUCCUGGGCUCAGAGCGGAGAAAGAGACACUGCUCUGCAACUCUGACAAAACCGAGAUGAACCGUCACCACUACUCUCUGUACGUCCAUAACUGUCGGCUGGUGUUCCUACUGAGGAGAGACUUCACCCAGGUGGACACCUUCAGACCUGCUGAGUUCCACUGGAAACUGGAGCAGAUCUGUGACAAGGAGUGGCACUACUACGUCAUCAACGUGGAGUUUCCCGUUGUAACGCUCUACGUGGACGGGGUGACCUACGACCCCUACCUGGUGACAGAUGAUUGGCCCAUCCAUCCUUCGCAGAUUGACGUGCAGCUGACAGUCGGAGCCUGCUGGCAAGGAGGUGAGGUGACCAAGCCACGGUUCACCCAGUACUUCCGGGGCAGUCUGUCCGGUCUGACCAUCCGACCAGGGAAGAUCGAGAGCCAGAAAGUCAUUUCCUGUCUGCAGGCCUGCAAGGAGGGAUUGGACAUCAAUUCCCUGGAGAGCCUGGAUAAGAGCAUCAAGUUCCACUUUAACCCGGCCCAGUCUAUCCUGGUGAUGGAGGGAGAGGACUUGGAGAACAUCAACGCCGCUGUGAGGAAAGUUUCCUACAUCAACUCUCGCCAGUUUCCCACGCCGGGCAUCAGACGCCUGCACAUCUCCACAGCCGUCCAGUGCUUUGGGGAGGACACGUGCAUCACCAUCCCAGACAUCGACGCGGUGGUGAUGGUGCUGCAGCCCAGCGAGCCCAGGAUCACCAUCGCCGGGUUGGAGAGGCUGAGCCGGCCGGCUUCCGACUUCAGAGCGGCAGCGGGCGUGGCUUUGUUCCAGGACCUUCACAUCAUCAGCACCGUCACCCGGGCUGACGCCACCACACAUCACACAGCACAUCGGCCUGGGGUUCUGGAGGAGAUUAUCCAUAAUCUGGACUAUUGUGAUAUCCUGGUGUUGGGGGAGGAGCUGAGGCCGGAGCAGGAGUCCCUCCAACUGCACCGUAGCGCUCUGCUGGGAAAACACCUGGACGCCACCAACUCCACCUCUGGCAUGUCCAUAUAUGGUGUGGACUCCAUGUCCAACUAUGAACAGGUGAUCCGGCAGGUACACUACCUUAACUGGCAGCCCAGCCAGCUAACUGAGAGAAGGUUUCGCCUCACCUGCUCCGAGCUGAACGGACGUUACACCAGCAAUGAGUUCAACCUGGAGGUCAGCGUGCUCCACAGUUCAGAGGCCGGGGAGCAUGUCAAUCACAUGGUAGCCCCACCUCAGUACAUGCAAGUGGUCCACCAUCCAUCCAUGAUGCACGACCUGUACCCCAGCCACAGCUCAGGUGUACCUAGCGCCGCCACGGUGGUGAUCGUGAUGUGCAUCGCCGCCCUGGUGGCGGUGGUGGUUCUAGGCAUCUACCGCAUCCACCUGACCCACCAGCAGGAGGUCAAGCUGGCAGAAACGGCCAAAGACACGGACGUAGCCUGGGAUGACUCGGCUCUCACCAUCACCGUCAACCCCAUGGAGAACUUUGAGGAGCCCCAGGCUGUGGAGGAGGAGGCCAGCGAGGAGGAGGAUGAGGAGGAAGAGGAGGAGGAGGAAGACGACGAGGAAGAGGAAGAGGAGGAGGACGAUGACAUCACCAGCGCUGAGUCAGACGACAGCGAGGAGGAAGUGGAUGUCCAGCUACACAGGAUCCAGCACCCCAGCAAGAAGGGCCAAAAUUGGGACAAAAAAACAAUAUCUUAUUAAAACACACAGUCACUCAGCACACACAUUGUCACGCGCGUGCACACACACAUACACACUCUUACACACAUAAACACUCAAUGAGACACGUCCAUACAGAAAACCUCAGAUCAGUUGGCAGAAACAAAAAGACUUUCUCUACUAUGUGAUGUUGACAUCGAGGCUCUAAAAAUGAGGUAAUAUCUCCCCCUACUGGUGUUUGCUGUCAGAGCAGAAGGUCCACUACCCAGUUCAUAAAUACACUGACAAACACUGUAACACACACACACACA